ACAUUACGCACUUGCUCGCGCACGCGCACAAGCAACAUAUAGACACAUGACGGGCCUGCGAGGCAGCUAGGUAGCUCGUUAUAACCAUGUUUGUCGCGCGGAGCAUUGCAGCAGACCACAAAGAUCUGAUUCAUGACGUGUCGUACGACUUCCACGGCCGGAGAAUGGCCACGUGCUCCAGCGACCAGAGUGUGAAGGUCUGGGAUAAAAGCGAGAAUGGAGAGUGGCACUGCACGGCCAGCUGGAAGACACACAGCGGAUCAGUGUGGAGAGUGACCUGGGCUCAUCCAGAAUUCGGGCAGGUUCUGGCCUCCUGCUCCUUCGACAGGACAGCUGCUGUGUGGGAAGAGAUUGUAGGGGAGUCCAACGACAAGCAGAGAGGAUUGAGCCACUGGAUCAAGAGGACCACGCUAGUAGACAGCAGAACCUCAGUGACCGAUGUGAAGUUCGCCCCGAAACACAUGGGCCUGAUGUUGACCACCUGCUCCGCCGACGGAGUGGUGAGGAUCUACGAGGCCCCCGACGUGAUGAACCUGAGUCAGUGGUCCCUGCAGCACGAGAUUUCGUGCAAGCUCAGCUGCAGCUGCAUCUCUUGGAAUCCCUCGAGCUCUCGUGCCCACCAGCCAAUGUUUGCAGUGGGGAGCGACGACAGUAACGUGACGUACAGCGGGAAAGUCCAGAUCUAUGAGUAUAAUGAAAACACGAGGAAAUAUGCUAAAGCCGAGACUCUGAUGACGGUCACCGACGCGGUCCAUGACAUCGCAUUCGCCCCGAACCUGGGGAGGUCCUUCCACGUGCUCGCCAUCGCAACGAAAGAUGUUCGAAUCUUUAAGCUCGUCCCCAUGAGAAAGGAGAGCGCCUCUACGGGACCUACCAAGUUGGAGGUGCAGAUUGUGGCUCAGUUCGACAACCACAACUCCCAGGUAUGGCGUGUGAGCUGGAACAUCACCAGCACCCUGCUGGCUUCUUCUGGUGAUGACGGCUGUGUGCGCCUCUGGAAAGCAAACUACAUGGACAACUGGAAGUGCACAGGCAUCCUGAAGGGGGACGGCAGCCCACUCACCGGCUCCUCCGGUCAGCCCACAGCCAUGAGCACCGUUGUGGGCUCCUCGGUCCAGACCUCCCAGAACGCCCUGAACGGGAUGUCAGCAGGAAGGUAUUUCUUCCCGCCUCUGGAUCCUCCCAGAGCGGGGACCAGGUAUGGUCACCUGCUGCCUCCCUCCUCUCUCAUAGAGCACUGUGACGCUGAGCCCACUCAGCCUCAGCAGCAGGCUCCUCCCCACAGACUGUACUCUAGAGCACUGCUGCCCUUACCAGAGGCUGAGGGACUGUGAUUUUAGGCCUGUUUAUAAAAAGGGAUUGGGGACGACCACACA